AUGCUGCGGUUGCUGCGUCUGUCGCAUUGUCAAUUUCUCGUCGAGUCGCGGCUGUUAGUGCCCGACCUGAACGACGGGAAACAGUUGGCGGCAAGCGCUUGCAACGAGUUGCGGGAGUGCCAACGAGAGGUCAAGACAGAGGGGGGCAAGCUGGUGAUCGACAUCAGCAGGCUGGUGUCGAACAAGAAGAUUGCAAACAAGAAGCUGGAGUUCACGUUCGAUCUCCAAUCCGGAGUCACCGUUUACACCGCGAAGUCACACGAGCUAGCCUUGCACUGCGGCACGCCGUGGUUGAAGGAUAUGUUCGUGGCGACAAACCACCCGGAGCUGAUCUAUAUUGAUGUGAAGUGGCACAGGAGCAAGUCCGGCAAGCAGCGGGUGAAGAUCCAAUUGUCCUACAACCCCCGGAAAUUGGGGAAGUAUUUCAUGCUGUCCAUCCACGAGAUUCUGGAUGAUCCCGAGUUUGGUCUCCUGCUGCCACCGGAUGCGCGUUUCUUGCUUGACGGCCCUCCCAUGCCUUGCACCCAGCAGGGCUGGAGCUGGAGGUUGGGCUUGUGCGGCAAGCUGCCCACAGCCAUGCUGCAACUGGACACCUGGCAGCCCGAAGUGUCCCACGCGCAGAUCUUUUUGAGGUACGCGCGCAAUAUGACACUCUUCCCGCCGCGCGUGCUGGACUUUGAGGUGCAGUACAAGGACCCCCUCUCCGGCCAGCAUUCAGUCGUCAUAGCUGCGACGCAGCAGAACUGCUCGCUGCCCACGUGCAAGGGCAAAGCGGGCGAGCAUUUCGACGCGGGCGGAUUCUGCCCUAAGUGCCGGAAUCAGAGCAGCCAUCACUUCUGCAAACGCAGGUGCGUGAAGGAGGCGGCCGAAUACUGCUCACGCGUGAAGAGUUCAGAUUCAGAGGUUGGUUUCUUCGCUGUUCCCCCUACGGCGAUGACGGGCGCGGAGUUCAUCUGGGGUCGCCUGAAGACAUACAUGGGGCUGGAGGCCACGGACUUUUUCCGGGAAGAGCUCAUGACGCGUGAUGUGAUCUCUGCCAUCGCCCGAAACUGCGACUACCACACAGGUUUGCUGGACAUCGUAGCAAAGUGGCUCUCCUCCGCUGCCUUCACCUCGGCCUUCCGGGACAUCUUGGCACACGCAGCGCAGAAUCCGAUGAUGAGCAGCUGGGACCUGCAGGAGACACUGCUGGCCAUAUUGCUGCCCGCACGAAUGCUGCACUCCCACCACCACGACGACUGGCAGAAGGUAAGCGGUUCCAGGAAUGCGUUGGAGCGGGCGCUGCCGUUCUCGAUGGUGACCAGCAUCCAAUCGCUGCGGCCCUGGACCUACGCCGUGUGCCGUGUGGCAGACAGAUACCACGAAUUGCAGCGGCGGUUGCACUUCUGGCUCCUGGUGGAGUUGCUCGUUGAGCUGCAAGAGGCUGAGGACGACGCGGAGGCCCAGUCCAUCCAAACCACGCUGGAGAUGAUCCAGAGGUGCGUGCUGCUGGCCAAGAAGGAGAACCGGCCCCAGCUGAAGCCCUCAAAAUGCGGCAAGGUGUUGGCCAGGGCGCCCAACGAGCAGGCCUUCCGAUCAGUGCUGGUAUUUUGCAGCUCCGGCCGGGUGACCAUGAAACGCGGCGCAGAUAAAACCCAUGAGACCGUGCUGCACGUUGCGGCUGCACGAAACUUCGGCGACACUUUGAACAUGAUCCUCCAGAAGAGGCCAGCGCACUGCAAAAAGCCGCUGCUGGAUCAGUUGCCCGAUGUCAACAGCGCCGCCGCUUUUGUCGAAGAACAAGCCGUGAACCACUUCAAGCUGGCCCUCACACACAGCACUGCCCUGCAUAUUGCUUGCGAGUCAGGCUGCUAUUCUUGCGUGGAGUCUCUGCUGGUGGCAAACGCUUCGGUCUCGCCAAAAACGGACGCGUAUGCCGUGAGGGAGCAGGCUGAGCAGGAUGACUUUGUGUCGGAGAACUUGCGUGAUUAUUUGUUCACGGAGGAAGACAAGGUGCCGGACUACGCUUUCAGUAUGGUGUCGGGGUUGCGGCCUAUCCACCUGGCAGCGAUGCACGGGUGCGACGCCUGCCUGGAGCGGCUGCUGCACCACGGGGAGGACGGCGACUUGUCUGGCGUGCGGAGUUGCGACACAAAGCUACACUCCCUCAAGAGUGACGUCAAUGUGGUGACGAAUGCGGAGACGGACUACAACUGGUCAGGGGCUGACAUCUCAGUUCUACCAAAGGAGUUUGCCGGAAUUGGAGAGGAAGCAUAUGGAGGAAGUCAGGUUGUCAUGAAGGAGGUGCAGGGCAACAUCAUCCAGCAAAGUGGCAUGAGAAAGGUGAACUUCAGCAUGAUGGGCAAGCCGGUCAACUUCAUGGAGAUAUCCAUGGUGGGGAAUCCCAAUCCUAUGUGCAGGGCGUCUCCUACGCAACGGCUGGAGAUGAGAUGGAGCGGAGACGGGCUCCAGUUUGGCACAAGCAAGGUCAUUGCAGAAAUAUGCUCAGUGGAGACAGAGGAUGCUGAGCAUGAGGAGCGAUGGAACACGGUGGAGCUGGACGGCUUCUGGAUGAUCGAGAAUGUGGUGGGCGACCGCACGGAGCUGGGCCAUCUGGUGCCCCGUGAAGCUGAUGAGCUUGGCUGGUCAGAUGAGGAAGUUGGAAUUGGAGAUGAAAAGAUGAUGAAAGAGAGGAGCCGGACACAGGCCAUGGAGAAGAGGAUGGAUCUCGAGGCGAAGAUGCAGACAGAGCUUGUCCACAAGAGAGACGCCAGAAAGGAGGUGAUCAGCUUUGACUUCGGCUACACCUACGUGGACGACUAUGGCAACGAGAGGAGUUCCGAGGAAGUGAAAGAUGCAGGAAUGGCAGCGGGGCUGGCGACACCGGUGGAGGACAGCGCAGAGAAGAGAAUGGCAACAGAGGAGCCGCACGAGACCGAGCUGUACAAGAUGGCUCUGGUGGCGGCAGCCGCCAAUCUGGCGCCCAAGAGCGCGGACGCCGGACACUUCCGCAGCGCACAAAGUGCUGUGGUCAUGAAGGCAGCAGCGUGUCACUUCGCCCACAAGGCGAUGCUGGUGUGCUUCGGCCUCUUCAUGGAGCUGGCCUCCUCGGCGUCGGAGGCUUUGUUCGCGGACAGCAUCCCCGCGGGCGAGCGCGCGGGGCUCUACGUCACCAAGUCGGUGAUCACUACCGUGGGCUCCGCCUGUGGCCCUGGGUCUUCAGCCAUCGGCCUUGCCAUCCUAGGGGAUGAAUGGGAGCUCUACGAAAUCAAGACGAUGAUGGUGGUGGGCUUUCUGUUCAUGAUCCCCGCCUGCUUCCCCCUCUUCGUCUUCAAAGACCCGAAGCAAGAGCCGCACGCCUCUCCUUGCCCGGAUGCUGACACGGCCAACGAGGCGACGGCAGUCCCAGUCCGCUCCGAGUUGCGGCUGGGCUGCUUGGGCGCGAGGCAUGUCCCAGUGCUGCUAGCGCUGGCGGACUUCAUCACAUGCAUCGGUGCAGGCAUGACCGUGAAGUUCUUCAACCUCUUCUUUAUCCAGGACCUACACUUCUCACCAGUUGGCAUCAAUCUCCUGCAGACAGCCUACCCGCUCGUCAUCGCCGGCUUCAUGAAGCUGACGGAGCGCCUGGCGAAGCCGCUGGGCCGGCCGCAGGCCUCGCUGCUCUUCUUUAGCUCCUCCGUGCUGAGCCUUUGGAUCAUGGCCGAGGUGAAGUGGCUGCCUCUGCUGCUGCUGGUCUUCAUGGCGCGGGGCGGCUUCGCCAACAGUACCUACCCCAUCGACCGCUCCAUCCUCAUGGACUUCACCAAGAGCUCGGAGCGAGGCUUUUGGAACGCCAUCAACAGCCUCACUUCGAUGACCUGGAGCGGGUCUGCAUUUCUGGGUGGCCUGCUGUCGGAUCAGCGGGACUACCAGUACACGUUUCUCAUCACCUCGCUGGUGUACGCCAGCGCGUGCGUGGUGUAUUCUCCGCUCCUUUGGCUGGUGCCCAAGAAGGAGCAGGAUGCCGCCGCGGAUCGGCGCUGAGCCGGCCCAACGGCCUGGAACUUUUGGUUGGAUUUGUCCCAGGCGUUGGGUUCCCUUGGCUUUUGGGUUUGAAG